UCUUCUCUACUUUCUAUUCUCCUCUCCUUCUCUCUCUCUCUCUCUCUCUCUCUCUCUCUCUCUCCCGCAGCAGCACUGCGGAGAAAAUUCACGGACAAAUCUGCUCUCUUCGGCUUCUUCCUUCAUCUUCAAGGCUCUCUUAUUCUUGCCUCUUGUUUUCUGGGUCGCUCCACAUAAACUCUGAUCGGCUUCUUUCUUGGUUAGUUCUCUCAAGAUCUUGCUGGAAAAAUAAGAAUCCAUCGUUCAAGAAAAGAGUAACCCUUUGAAGAUUUCUCUCAAGCCUUGCUAGGUUUCCGUUGGCUCAUCAUAUCCUGGUCUGCCAGAAAGCAAGUUACGCAUACAUAUCGGUAGGAUCGCUCUUGUUGCAGCAAUCUUUCUGUCUGCUGUUCAUUGGGUGAUUCGAAUGUGAAUGCAGUCGUUUUGCCGAUCGAUUCUCUUUGUGAAGUACAUAUAAUUCAAGCUCAGGCAAGUUCAUACACACAUAUAAAACCAGCAACUAAUUGCUACCGGUAAGCCAACUUCCGAAAAUCAUGUGUUUUUCGACGUGGAUUUGAAGGGGAAAAAAGUGAUUUCUUUUGUCUAAGGGAAUUCAAGAAGAGUGGAUGUGGGUAUGAUGGCAGGUUUUGAGCCAAACCCGAACUCUCGCUACUUCCACCAACUCUUGAGACCUGAACUGCACCUUCAGAGACCCUCCUCGAUCCCUCCACAACACUCUGAUCCCAAAGACUCGCCCCAAAACGACCCCAAGUCCACCGACAGCGAGGGCGGCACCAAUAGCGGCUCCGGCGGCCCCACGCGCCGCCCUAGAGGCCGCCCUCCCGGUUCCAAGAACAAGGCGAAGCCUCCGAUCAUCGUCACGCGAGACAGCCCGAACGCCCUCCGGUCACACGUCCUUGAAGUUUCUUCAGGUUCAGACAUCGUCGAGAGCGUGACCAAUUACGCCCGCCAGAGGGGUAGAGGCAUCUGCGUGCUCAGCGGCGGGGGGACUGUGGCAAAUGUCACUCUCCGGCAGCCGGCAGCCCCCACCGGGAGCGUGGUGACACUGCACGGGAGGUUCGAGAUACUAUCCCUCACGGGAACGGUGCUACCGCCCCCCGCGCCACCCGGAGCGGGCGGGUUGUCGAUAUUCUUGUCGGGCGGCCAGGGGCAGGUAGUGGGAGGGAGCGUGGUGGGUCAGCUGGUGGCAUCUGGGCCGGUGGUUUUGAUGGCUGCAUCCUUCGCUAAUGCUGUUUUUGAGAGGUUGCCAAUCGAAGAAGACGACGGGGCCAUCCAAGUCCAACAGACGGCAUCUCAGUCGUCAGGUGUCACCGGAGGUGGACAGGCGGGCGAUGGGAGCGGAGCAGGUGGCGGCGGCGGCAUCGGAGGCGGAGCCGGUGUUGGUGUUCCAAUGUUUAAUGUGGGAAACUUCCCAUUUUCAGGUGAUCAGUUGUUUGGAUGGGGAGGAAAUGCUGCUAGGCCUCCAUUUUAGCUUGAGUUAUUUUUGAGCUAUAUCAAGGGCUGACCUCGAUGAGGUUGUUGGCAGCUAGUGUUAUAACUAUAAUUUAUCAAUGAUUAUCAGUGUGACAUGGAGUAAAUUAUGAAAUCAGGUCUUCUCUCUCUCAAUGCUCCAUGAAGGAGAAUUUAGGAGGAGAUUUGAGGGGAAAAACAAAAAAUUCAUUUCUUGGAGAAGGCCUUGGAGUUAUAGGAUGAUGAAAAUGAAGAGAACCCCACUGCUGAUUUUGGAGAGAUUAAUCUUCACUCUUGGGGUAAGUUCAUCUGCAGACUCAUCAACCCAUCUGUGGGAUUUUCUCUUCAUGUUUUAUUCACGCUCUCUCGGCUUCUGAUGAUCCUUUUUCAAGGGGUUGAAAUGAUUUUGCUAGUUGUGAAUGUAAAAAGUGAUAUAAGAUAUGCACAUUUUCUAGGGUAUAUGAUAGCGUUCCUAUCGCUUGUGCAGUACUUGGUUUGCCUGACAUCGAGAAUGCUUCUAUAAUGUAUUGCAAUUAUUUAACAAGGAUAGACAUGAGCAUUGGCAAGUGGGAUGAGCACUAUAUAAUAUGAAGUUUUUCUUCUUCA